UAAACCCCUUUUCUUUUCUGUCGUACCCUUGCCGCUCUCUCUGUUUUCCCAGACUUCGACCUUUCCAUCACCACUUUUGAAUUCGAUCUUUUUCGAAUUUUCGUGCUCCAAUCUUCCGCAUAAUUCACAGUGAAGGCUGCAUAUAUAUACGGAGACGUAGAUAAUGGCGGCGGCGGCUGCAAAUAAUCAGCUGAAUGUGGAGGAGUGGCCGUCGUGGGGCUCUCGGAGCGUUGAAUGCUUUGAAAAACUCGAGCAGAUUGGGGAAGGAACCUACGGUCAAGUAUACAUGGCCAGAGAAAAGAAAAGUGGAGAAAUUGUUGCUUUAAAAAAGAUACGCAUGGAUAAUGAAAAAGAAGGGUUCCCGAUUACUGCCAUCCGAGAAAUUAAAAUUCUAAAGAAGCUACAUCAUGAAAAUGUUAUUAAAUUGAAAGAGAUAGUGACAUCUCCUGGCCGUGAAAGCAAUGAGCAAGGAAAGCCUGAUUGUAAUAAAUACAAGGGAAACAUUUACAUGGUCUUUGAGUACAUGGACCAUGACUUGACUGGCCUUGCAGAUCGUCCUGGACUGAGAUUUACAGUUCCACAAAUAAAAUGUUACAUGAAGCAACUGCUCACGGGUCUUCAUUAUUGUCAUGUAAAUCAAGUGCUUCACAGGGACAUAAAAGGGUCUAAUCUUCUAAUUGACAACGAGGGAAAUCUGAAGCUUGCUGACUUUGGACUUGCACGUUCCUUUUCCAACGACAUCAAUGCCAAUCUUACAAAUCGGGUUAUUACUUUGUGGUACAGACCUCCAGAGUUGCUUCUUGGAGCCACUAAGUAUGGUCCAGCUGUUGACAUGUGGUCUGUUGGUUGUAUCUUUGCUGAGCUAUUGUAUGGAAAACCGAUCUUACCCGGAAAAAAUGAGCCUGAACAGUUGAAUAAAAUAUUUGAGCUUUGUGGAACCCCUGAUGAGUUAUCGUGGCCUGGUGUUUCAAAGAUUCCAUGGUAUAACAAAUUUAAGCCAUCACGUCAAAUGAAAAAGCGAAUUCGGGAGCUCUUUAGACAUUUUGACCGACAUGCUUUGGAUUUGUUGGAGAAAAUGCUGGUUCUUGAUCCAGCUCAGAGAAUUUCAGCAAAGGAUGCUCUAGAUGCUGAAUAUUUCUGGACUGAUCCCUUACCUUGCGACCCAAAAAGUUUGCCAAAAUAUGAAUCCUCACAUGAGUUCCAGACGAAGAAAAAAAGACAGCAGCAGCGGCAAAAUGAAGAACUGGCAAAAAGACAGAAGUUGCAGCAUCCACAGCAACAUGCACGCUUGCCUCCAAUUCAAACCGGACAACCUCAUCCUCAACACUGGAAUGGCCCUGGCCAGCAAAUGGGCAAUUCUCAGCCGCCUCUGCCUGGUGUGCCUAGUCAUCAUCAGUAUGGAAAGCCUCGUGGUCCUCCUGGGGGGCCCAGUAGAUACCCACCGGGAGGGGCUGCUGGUGGAUAUUAUCAAGAUCGUGGAGGUCAAAGUGGUGGUUAUAAUAGCGGUCCGUUUCCACCUCAGGGGCGAGGACCACCUCUUUAUCCUGGAAAUAGUGCUCCUUCAAACGCUCCCCGAGGAACUGGUGGUGGAUAUGGAGCACCUCCUAAUUAUUCCCAAAGUGGUCAAUACGGGGUUUCUGGCGGCAGGGGUCCAAAUCCACAAGGUGGUAACAGAAAUCAGCAGUACGGUUGGCAGCAAUAGCAUUGAAUAGCGAUUGAGAGGCGCAAAAUUGGUUCAAUACAAGUAAGGAUGGGAACAGUCGACCUGUACUGGUUAUGCAGCUGAAAUUUCGGAAACGAUCAACAACCUUAGGUAAUUGUUACUAGACUUGUAUAGCAGGUACUCGCGUCUCUGUUAUUCAGAAAGCAUUUUUCAGGAUCGUGUUCAAGGCUAGGUAUAGGGAUUGCCUUUCUGUGACUUCCAGAACCGAUCAUUGAACAUAUUAUACUAUCUAGAAAUUUUUUAUUCUGUCGUGUGAUGAUAAGUGGUGAAAGAUCAAAUUGGUUUGACCAGAAAUGUUGCUGAUAUAUAUCAGAGAUGCUAACUUUUCCGUA